AUGAGCUCGAAAACUGAAUAUCGAAGGUCAAUAGACGAAUACAAGCCUGCUAUUCCAAUAAGUAGGAAGAUUGGCCCGUAUUGGUUUCUGGCUGCUUUGAGAAUCAUUCUAACGUUAAUCCCACAGACAGGAUAUAUUCAUCCUGACGAGUAUUUUCAGUCCAUCGAAGUUAUUUCUGGGGAUUAUUUUGAUAUUGAUGUUCACAAACCAUGGGAAUUUAAUUCUACAUUUCCCUUGAGAACCGUUUUAAUACCGCAAAUUACCGUUGGUAUACCGUACUCGAUCUUGACAAGAGUUUCACAGUAUACACUCUUCUACUUUGGCAUGCCGUUAAAAACACCAUACUUUCUUGUAUUGUUCCCACGUUUAUUGAUGUGUGGAUUGUCCUUCAUAUCGGACUAUUGCCUAUACAAAAUAUGCUACAUGUACGGACAAAAUUACAAAAUAAGACUGAUCGCUUAUGCCAGUUCCUAUGUCAUGCUUGUUUAUGCAACUCACACAUUAUCAAAUGCUGUUGAAUUAGUAUUAACAGCACUAUUAUUGUACUAUGCAUCAUACUGUAUGGCAUAUUCGGAAAAGGUAGUCGUUCAAAGCGAUUAUCUUUCAGACAAAUAUAACAAAGCUCAAACUGGAGUAGAGAGAGUGAAAUAUUAUAAGCUGAAAGCAUCGCUACCCCCGCAUUCUUUGAAUCACUGUUUUAAAAUUGCAACAAUUACUGUAAUCGUCGACAGCUUUUAUUUCGGCUAUUUAACAAUGGCAGAGAUAGGUAGUCUUGAUAUUAGCAUUAAUAAUUUUGUGGUGACACCGUUAAAUUUCCUCAAGUACAACAUGAACAAAAAGAACCUACAGAAUCAUGGAUUGCAUCCUCAUUAUUUACAUUUCAUAGUAAAUGUACCGCUUCUAUUCAAUGUUCUUGGGGUUAUUGGUCUUCUUACGUUUGGGAAAAUGUUACGCAGUGGCUUGAAAGCUCGUUGGUUGGAGUUACCACGUAUACAAAGUGUCGUCGGUCUGAUGACUGCAUCUUUUAUUAUACCUAUCUUGAUGUUAUCAAUUUUUCCACAUCAAGAGCCUCGAUUUAUAAUACCAAUAGUGCUGCCUUUGGUUUUUUUGUAUGCACCGAAUAUGAGUCAAAUAUCAGGUACCGAUACUAUUGCACGAAUCGCUGAGAACAAUGUACACACUGGUAAUUUAAAAAGAAAAAAGAAACUCACUAAAUUACAAGUGUUGUGGUUCGUAUGCAAUAUUGCAUUGGCAUUCUUUUAUGGUUUUGUCCAUCAAGGUGGAGUUCUACCUUUGACAUCUCAUGUGGCUACUGAAUUAAAAGCAAAACCAGAAUUAACUCAUAUACAUCUAUUUACAUCGCAUACUUAUUCUUUACCAACUGCAGUCUUACAUUUAAGAAACACUAAAAGAACGUAUGGGUCUAGACCCAUACGUGAUGUGUGUAAGACUAUUGCAUUAAAACUUCGUGAAUGUGAACAGAAAUAUGUUACCAAGAGGGUACCUUAUAGAUUAUAUUAUGGUCUUCCUGCCACUGGCAUGGAAGAAUUUAUUUCUAUUCAAAAUAACACAAAUCUAUUUAACUAUCAUAUUCAAAUAUGA